AUGUCACCAUCUCCAUCUCCUCCACAACAAGAACAAAAACAAGAAUUCAUAUUCCGUUCUAAACUUCCCGAUAUUGAAAUUCCAACACACCUUCCAUUACACUCUUACUGUUUCCAAAACCUCUCUCAAUUCAACAACCGUCCAUGUCUCAUCAACGGCGACACCGGCGAAACCCUAACCUACUCCGACGUCCACCUCACCGUCCGCAAAAUCGCAGCCGGUCUAAACACUCUUGGAAUCCAACAAGGUGAUGUCAUCAUGAUCGUCCUCCGUAACUCUCCUCAAUUUGCACUCACCUUCCUCGGUGCCUCCUUCCGCGGCGCGGUUAUCACCACCGCAAAUCCCUUCUACACCUCAUCGGAGCUCGCUAAACAAGCCACCGCAACAAAAUCUAAACUCAUCAUAACACAAUCCGUAUAUCUCAAUAAAAUCAACGAUUUCGCAAAACUCAUCGACAUCAAAAUCGUGUGCAUUGAUUCAUCACCGGAGGAAGAUGAAAAUGUUGUGGAUUUUUCUGUUUUAACAAAUGCUGAUGAAAACGAAUUACCAGAAGUAAAAAUAAACCCAAACGAUGUAGUUGCGUUACCGUUUUCUUCAGGAACUUCUGGUUUACCAAAAGGUGUUAUGUUAACACAUGAAAAUUUAGUUACAACAAUAUCACAGUUAGUUGACGGUGAAAAUCCACACCAAUACACUAACUACGAAGAUGUCUUACUUUGUGUGUUACCUAUGUUUCAUAUCUAUGCACUAAAUUCGAUUUUACUAUGUGGUAUUCGUUCUGGUGCUGCUGUUUUAAUUGUUGAGAAAUUUGAGAUAACAAAGGUUUUGGAACUUAUUGAGAAGUAUAAGGUGACGGUAGCGUCAUUUGUGCCACCUAUUGUUUUAGCAUUGGUAAAAAGUGGAGAAUCUAUGAGAUACGAUUUGUCAUCUAUUAGAGUGAUGAUAACUGGUGCUGCUCCCAUGGGAAUGGAACUUGAACAAGCUGUUAAAGAUAGGUUGCCACGAACUGUACUUGGACAGGGAUAUGGAAUGACAGAGGCAGGACCACUUUCAAUUAGCUUGGCAUUUGCAAAGGAACCAUUCAAGACAAAGCCUGGCGCAUGUGGCACAGUUGUAAGAAACGCUGAGAUGAAAAUAGUGGACACAGAAACUGGUGCUUCCCUUCCAAGAAACAAAGCUGGUGAAAUUUGUAUUAGAGGCACCAAGGUUAUGAAAGGAUACCUAAAUGACCCUGAGGCGACAAAGAGAACUAUAGACAAAGAAGGAUGGCUACACACAGGUGACAUUGGUUUAAUUGACGACGACGACGAACUCUUCAUUGUUGAUCGAUUAAAGGAAUUGAUUAAAUACAAAGGAUACCAAGUAGCUCCUGCUGAGCUCGAAGCAUUGUUGAUUGCUCAUCCAAACAUUUCUGAUGCUGCUGUCGUACCAUUGAAAGAUGAAGCUGCUGGAGAAGUUCCAGUUGCUUUUGUUGUAAGAUCAAAUGGUUCAAAGAUCAGCGAGGAUGAAAUCAAGCAAUACAUAUCGCAACAGGUUGUAUUUUACAAGAGAAUAAACAGAGUUUACUUCACAGAAACAAUUCCUAAAGCCGCCUCAGGAAAAAUUCUGCGAAAGGAAUUAACUGCGAGACUUAACGAAGGUCUAGUAGUUGCCACAAAUUAAGUCCGUGUGUGACAAAGAUGAAUACAAUUACACCAACUUCAUAUGAAAAUGCAAUUGUAUGCAUGGAGACAAAAUAUAUUCCCAAAACAAUAGAAGUACUAUUGUGUGUGUUAUGUGCAAUAUCUGUUUCUGUGGGUGCAAAUUCUUUCUCUGCAAUGUGUAUUUUAUGUGCAUAUUGGAUCAACCCAUGCGGUUUCUUUAAUUAUGUGAUUAAAAAUGAUUUGUAGGGAUAAUCCUGUGACUCAAUAGGCCUAUUCCUCUCCCUGCUUGUUAGGGGAUUCACUAAUUGGUAAUUGGCAGAACAUGUAAUGCUAAUCUUUUUGUCAGCUCUUUGUGAGUACUAUUAAUUGCAUGUUUGGGCAUUUCAGGUUUAAA